AUGAGCUCAAAAAGGCCGUUUUCGUAAUAAAAAUAGACUCAAAACAUUUUAAAUUAAGCUAAAAAAGAUGAGGAUGAUUAGAAAUUACCGAAAAUUAAACAAUCUUCAUAAAAUAUUACUAGAUUACCUUCAAAUUAAUAAAAUAAAAAUGUUAAUUAUACAUAAAAGAUAGCUAAUUAGGAUAAUCAAUAUUUAAAUAGACCGCUAUCUAGAUAAAGUACUUCAAUAAAAGAUAAAGGAGCACCAGUAAAUCAAGAAGAUUUAAGUAGUAAAAUAAACUCCUUGAAUAGAGUUGAAAUACAAGAAGAAAAGAAAGAAAGUUAAAAUAAAAACACAGCUAACAAGCCUACAACUAAAAACUUUCUGUAAAUUAAUAAAAGCAACGCUAUCUCAAAAAAAAUAAAUAACUAAACUCCUUUAACAAAAGCAUAAAGGGUAGAUAUCAGUUAAUAAAGUAAUAGAAUUAAUUAAUAGCAACCAUUAGAUGAUUUAGAAAGUAAUUUUUUAAACAAACCUUUAGCAGUAAAGCCUAGAGAAUUUAAGUUUCAUACAAAUACAAGAAUAGAACAUAGAAAAGAGAUGAAUAUGCUUAAAGCUAAAUAAAAUAUAAUAUUAGAUCGUGUUAACUAUCAUAUAUAAAGAAUUAUUUUAUGUUUUGCUGCUUCGAGUUAUUAAGAAGUUUAUAAAUUAAUGAAGGUAUGCAAAAAAUUUUACUAAGUAAUUACCUCUCAUUAUAGGAUAUGGGAAUGUGUUUUAACUACCUUGACUAAAACUUAAUAAAUAGAAUUUUUAAAGAGGUUUCCUAAUUUUGAGGAUAUGCAAGAAAAUCAAAAAAUUAAAAUAAUCAGAGAAUAUGUUGAAAUAGAAGAGAAAAAAAAUGUUAUAAAAUUAUAUGAAAAAUACUUUACCGAUUAUAGAAAAUUAUUCGAGUAUUGCUCAACGAAAGAAAAUUUACCUAAUAAGUUAUUGUAAAGAUUGAAGCUCAAGGUAAAUGCAACAAUAAAUAAAUUGAAAAUUCCAGAAAAAAAAUACUUACUGAGAUGUGAAAACUUUUCAUCUCAUUUAAUGAUCAAGUUUGAUGAGAUAUAAAAAAUAAAUCUUCAAUACCUAGACGAAAUCAAUUUUGAAAUAAGUUUUUUCAGUUUCCAUUUAAAAACAUCUGUAAAAAUAGCAAGAAAAUUUAAAGUGAGAGAUAUUUUUGAAAGAAGUGUCUGCUAGAAGGCCUUUUGCUAUUAUGAAGAAAGAAAUUUUUUAACAUGCUUUUUUGAAGGAGACUCAAUAUUUUUAUAUACUUUAUUUGAAAUAUCUGCAAUGGAACUUGUUACUCGCUUUAGAUUUGAACUUGAAAAAAGACUGAUAUAUGAAGAGAAAUAAAAACUUGGAGUAAAGACUCCAAAAUUAUAGAUGAAAUUUUUAUAGCGUGACAUGAGUGAUUAUCAAUAUGAGAGCUUUUCUUAAUACUUUAAAUAUUAAUCUGAUUUUGAAGUCAUGAUAAAUGUACACAACUCUCUCAAAAAAAAUUUAUAUACUUUUAUUGAUACUAGGAGUUUUCCAAAAACAUAAACAGAAUCCUAAGCUUAAUUUAUUUUUUCCCCAGGUGACAGAUUUUUUAUUGAAAAUGUCUUUUCUCUUGAUAACAAAUCUGGUAUGAAAGAAACUGUUAAGGAUAUCCUACUUUUAGAUCUUAUCUUAAAAGACAGAGAUAGAUUUUUAAUUUGUUAUUCUGGAUAUGUUAGGAUUCAAGAUAUAAAUGAUCUCUCAUAAAAAAAUAAUAUCGAUAUGAAUUUCGAUUAUAGUACAGCAGACGAGUACUAGGCUAAAAAAAUUUACUUUAACUAACCUAAUUAAUAUAGUUUUGAACUUUUAAUUAUUCAAACAAAAAGAGAAGCAAUAUUGAAAAGUAUAAAUAUAACAAUAAACCAAUAAAUUAUCUCAGGAAAUCUACCCUGA